UUAGAAUAAGAAAAGUGGAAGAGAAAAUGUUUUUUAUUAGCUCUUAAUUCUCAACCAAUGCCAACAACCCGGUUUGGCGGCAUGGAAAUUGAUUCCGAAAUUAAAUUUAAAAAUAUAUAAAAACAAGGUGAAAAGACAGAGGUUGAGAUUUUGAUAGGAGGGAAGAUGGCCAUCGCAAGUCUCUUGGGAUGGCUCGUGACCUUCUUCUUCCUCAUAUCUCUUCUCGCCAUUAUUUGUUAUCAGCUUAUGUGCUUUAUUGAUUUGGAAAUUGAUUACAUAAAUCAUUAUGAUUCGGCGGUACGGAUAAACAAGGUUGUGAUGCCGGAGUUCAUAAUCCAAGCCGUUUUCUGUUUAGUCUGUUUAAUUACGGGACAUUAUUUUCUUUUUUUCCCGUCUCUCCCAUAUUUAUACUAUAAUUUUAUAUUGUAUAGAAGGAGAAAACAUUUGGUUGAUGUAACAGAGAUAUUUAAUCAGCUCAAGUGGGAAAAGAAACAACGACUAAUCAAACUUGGCUAUCUUAUUAUCCUUUUAAUUGUUUUUAUAUUUUGGUUGAUUUGGACAGUAGGAAAAGAUGAUGAUUAUUAAACAGGCUUUGGAUCAAAUAUUCUUCCAACCUUUGUUUUUCCAAUUUACCGUAAUAUUUUUUUAUUCACAAUUUGUACAAUGUAUGAGCAUUGGGUUAUUAUAAUACAAUGAGAUUUUUAUUUUUUAUUUUUUCAACAACUUUGUGAUUAAUAUAUGAAUGCAACAACCAUACUUUACCUAAA